UGGCUUUCCAGCUCCGCGGUCGCUGGCCACUGUGGCAUCGUUGUCUGUGAUCGCUGCUGCUCUAACGAGAAUCAUUCCUCGACGCGUGCUAGGCUCGUUGUCCGCUAUUCCUGCUCCAGCUUGAUCGUCUGCUUCCUACUCGCUGUUCACCGUCCUUUCCGCCGGUCUCCUUGCUCGUCCACUAUCCGCCUCCUAUUUCCCUCUGUGGACCUCCACUCUCUCCAAGUCUUGUCUCUCGUUCGUCAAUCUCCUCGUUCUCUCCAAGUGGAGGUUCGUGGUCUAGUUAUCGAGUCUGUCCUCUCGACUCGUGACCCUUUUCAUUCUAACGUCGAAACCAGUCGUGCCUUUCUGCUUUGGGUUGUCUGCCACCGCUUCUUCGUCCGCUCUUUUGUGCCUGUUAUUUGCUGUUUAUCGUCAAUUAUCGGUUUCCCGCUUCAAACUGCUCGUGCAUAG